CCUGUUUCACCUCAUUGACCCUUAACCGAAAAAAAUGCCUCCACUAUCCCAAAAACGACGCAGCAGUAGCAACUAUUCUCCUCACUGUCCACCGUUUUCUCCGGUCACCAAACCCCACUCGUUCUCUUCAACUAAUCUCACUAUAACUAUUCAUUUCAAUUUACAAAAAUCGUUGCUUUUGCUUUCUUCAUACAAAGAGAAACAUUAACAAAUAAAAGAAAAAAAGAAAAGAAGAAAGUUUUGGCCAUGGAGGAGCUUCUUUAACACUCGCAAUCUUUUUCUGGGUUUUGCUUAUAUUGUGUAUAUAUUGCUUUUUCCGUACAAUGACCGUACAGGGAAGAAAUUUGUAUUGGGUUCUUUCCAAACUGAUUCAAGUUAAAUGAAGCAAAUGCCGAGUCUUAAAUAAGAAGUUGGAGAUUAUUCAGUUCUAUCAUCAAUCCUUACAGCAAUUCUUUAACUACAGAUAUGAAUAAUUCAGUAGACACAGUUGGAACUGAACAUUCUUUUUCUGUGUUGCUCGAGUAUGCAGCGGAUAACGACGUCGAGGGUUUCAAGCAGUCAGUAUGUGAUGAAUCUGAGAUUGGGGUGGUUGGACUUUGGUAUGGUCAUCAGAGGUUGUCAAAGAAGAGGGUUCUUGAGCAUCGCACCCCGCUGAUGGUUGCUGCUAAAUAUGGCAGUGUUGAUGUCGUGAAGCUCAUUCUUGCACUACCAGAGGUGGAUGUGAAUUUUUCUUGUGGUUCAGACAAGUGCACUGCCCUUCAUUGUGCUGUUUCCGGUGGAUCUAUUAAUGCUAUUGAUGUGGUUAAGCUGCUUUUACUUGCUGGUGCUGAUCCCAGUAUUUCUGAUGCCAACGGGCAUCGCCCGGCUGAUGUUAUUUCUGCUUCCCCAAAUUUUCCCUAUUCUAAAAGUGCCCUUGAAGAGCUCUUGAAGAAUAAUGGUUCUGUUCGUCAAUUGGAUCUACAAGUUUCAACUAAUGGUUCGAGAUCCAGUUCCACAUCCAUUUCAUGGUCUUCAGUAGAGGGUUCCUUAUCUUCGACCUCAGGUUCAGUGUUGUCAUCAAUUAAUUGUAAGCCUAUUGAUCUACAUGUUUCAUCUGCAAAGAAAGAAUAUCCUGUUGAUCCAUCUCUUCCUGAUAUUAAGAAUAGCAUUUACACUACCGAUGAGUUUCGGAUGUUCUCCUUUAAAGUUCAGCCUUGUUCCCGGGCCUAUUCCCAUGAUUGGACUGAGUGUCCUUUUGUUCAUCCUGGUGAGAAUGCACGCAGAAGAGACCCAAGGAGGUUCAACUAUAGUUGUAUGCCGUGCCCAGACCAUAGGAAGGGGGCAUGUAGGCGGGGCGAUUUCUGUGAAUACUCUCAUGGGAUUUUUGAGUGCUGGUUACACCCAAGCCAGUACAGGACUCGACUUUGCAAGGAUGGCACUAGUUGCACACGCAGGGUGUGCUUUUUUGCCCAUACAUCUGAGGAACUUAGGCCCACGUAUGCAUCUACUGAUGUUGCUCUGCCAUUACCACAAGCAUCCGCCAUGGAUUUCACUGCAGCCUUGAAUCUUUUGUCUGGUUCCCUUUCAGCAGUUUCUCCCAUGUCACAUUUUCCAUACACUCCGCCUAUGUCUCCUUCUGGCAAUGAUAUCCAUUUGCCCAUGGCUUGGCCUCAACAGGACACCUCAAAUAUGCAAAUCCUAGGUAACAAUCUUCAAGGCAGCCGUCUGAGGACUUCUCUCAGUGGAAGAUACGUUUCACCUGAGGAGUUUAAUAGGUUUCAAGAUAUUGAAUUGCAAAAACUGCAUCUCCGGAAUGAGCAGUCAUGUGUUCCUCAGCCACAUCACAGAAUUUCCUCUACAAAUAUAUCUGCUCGCCUGAAACAGUUGAACCCAUCUAAUCAAGACAGGCUUCUGUCUUCCCAGAACGCUGAUCAAAUGGAUGCUGCAUCUAUGUUCUCCCCUUCUUACAAAUCUGCAGUUAUUAAUAAACUUCAGCAGCAAAGCAUGCUAUCACCCAUUAAGACAAGCGGCUUUUCUUUAAAGAAUAUUGAUCAUCCUCUUUUGCAGGUUUCGUUUGACUCUUCCUCACCGAGGACUAUGUCACCUAGAAUCAAUGAGCCUAUAUCCCUAGCAAGCUCUCAGCUGCAACUGCAAUUAGGCAGCCUAAGCUCAAGGGAACUUGGUUCAGACCUCCCUUAUGAUCUUGGAUACGAUGGUGUCAGUUUAUGGCCAAAACAGAAACCUGCUGACGAGAAUGUGGAUUGGUCUAUUCAAGCAGAUGAAGUGGGUCAGUUACAAAAAUCAUGUUCAAAUGUGCGUUGUGGGGAGGAGCCCGACGUUUCAUGGGUUCAUUCAAUGUUGAAGGAAUCUUCAUCUGAGACAGAAGAAACAGGUCUUGUCUCAGUCUCGGGUAAUGGUGAGGGUUCUACUCCAAAUCCUCCCAAUGAAUCCAAUGAUCUUGUGGGUCUGCGAGCUUGGCUUGAGGGAAUGCAGCUUGAUCAGAUGGUUGCUUAGCAAAAGAAGGAAAUUUAUUUUAUCAUGCUCGGGGUAGUUCAAACUGAAUCCUAUAUCCUUUAGUUGGUUGUAUGAGAAUCAACAUGAUAGUUGGAUCAACUGGAGGUCGAAGGAGGACAGAUUUCAGAGAAUUGUUCCUUUUUUUUUUUCUUCUCUUAAAUACAAAUUAUAAGCCUCUUGUGGGGUAUUUGCAAAGAUGCUUCCCCGCUUAAACUGCUGUUUAUUAGGUCCAUCCAUUAUUCCCCCUGAAUUCUUUUGUUCAAAAGAAUAUAGGAUACAUGUAACAUUGGAUUUAGCUAUGCUCACCAAUUUCACAUAUUCUUUUUCCUUGUUGAUAUCAUUUGAUGAAAAACUUGUAUUAGAGCUGAAUAUAUCAGGAUGUAAGAAUCUUAUUAUGACCCACGAUACUUGAUCAAUCUGAUUGUUACUUUUUUCUUUUUCUUUUUCA